AUGUUCGCUGGCCAUCGUUUGCUACAACACAUUCAUCACAACCAUGCACUUGUUGCCAUCAUGAUGGUUUUGUUUACAAUGAUGAUGAUCAUGGCAUUCACCAUACAUUCAUGCGCAAUGACCAUUCAACAACAUGCACUGGAUCGUCCACACGUGUGGUCCGAUCAUGAUGCCACAACAUCAUUGACCUCACUCUCAAAAGGAUGGUGUAUUCAAAAUAGAAACAAGUCGAUUCAUGAAUGUCAAGUUGAAAUUCCUGCCUAUGUGAAUACAAUUCUUUUUCAAAGAAAUAUCAUUGGGGAUCCAUAUUUUCGUUUCAAUGAUGUGUUACAGAGAUGGAUCGCGUAUGAAGAUUGGACAUUCCGAAAUGAAUUUAUUACGAGUGUAAAUAAUGGAGAUCGAGUGUAUUUACAAUUUAAAGGAUUGGAUACUGUGUGUGACAUUUUUCUCAAUGAUCAAUGGAUAGGAUCUAAUGUGAACAUGUUUCAUGAGCUUGUUGUGGAUGUAACUUCAUUCAUUCGAUCCAUGUCCAAUAAUGUAUUGGUAUUGAAUUUUCAAUCACCAGUCAAGUAUGUUAAAAAUCAAGCUGCAAAAAGUUUAUAUCCAAUUCCUUCGAGUGACAAUGAAGAGGUUCAACAUGGAGAAGUAUUUAGAAAUUUUAUUAGAAAAACACAAAGCAGCUUUUCAUGGGAUUGGGGUCCGUGUUUUGUACCAACUGGAAUUUGGAAAAAUGUCAAUUUAAUUACCAUUUCUAAUGCAUUCAAUUUGAAAGAUAUUCUAGUAGAAAUUUUUCCAACGUCAGAUUUGGAAGUAGAAUUGAAAAAAUCCAUGCCGACCUCAUCGAGUAAGAAUUUAAAACCACUGUUGACCAGCAAUUUUGUGGUCAAUUCAACGUUUUUGGUAGAUGUCAUAACUCCCAAUAUUGCAGUACUUUCAAAUGUCAAAUUAAGUGUCUCUAUUGAAAAGGAUGAACAAGUGGCUUGUACGACCUCUCAAGUAAUUUCAUUAAUGUCACCUGGCCCUAAUAAGCUCACAUUGUCUUUGCAGUGCAAUCAAGUUCAAUUGUGGUAUCCAGUUGGAUAUGGAUCUCAGCCUCUCUACAGUGUUCAUGCAUCCGUAACCACUCAAUCAGCUGCAACGAGUACACUCAGUAAGCGAAUUGGAUUUAGAGAAUUUAAAAUCAUUCAAAAAUCAAUUGGAAAAGACGAUCCAGUGAACAAUCCAAGCAAAUCAUUUUAUUUCCAAGUGAAUGGAAUUCCAAUUUUCGCAAAAGGAUCCAAUUACAUUCCACCAGAUUCAUUCCUUGAUCGAGUGAAAGAUCAAGAUAUAUUCAACGUAUUAGAUUCAUUUCUAGAAUCUAAUCAGAAUACUCUUCGAAUUUGGGGUGGAGGCAAUUUUGAAAGAGAUGCUCUUUAUGAUUAUUGUGAUGAGAAGGGAAUUUUGGUAUGGCAAGAAUUCAUGUUUGCAUGUAGUGUCUAUCCAAGAGAUGAUGCAUUCCUUUCGAGUGUGAGAACAGAAAUUGAACAACAAGUGACACGCUUAAUGCAUCAUCCUUCCAUUAUCUUGUGGAGUGGAAGUAAUGAAAAUGAGGCAUCCUUGUGGGGUGAUACAUGGUAUGGGCCGAUCAUUUCUUCCUCGAACAAGAUGAGAUAUAUUGUAGAUUAUGGAGUUUUAUAUUUUGAUACAGUUCGAGAAACGCUUUUAAGUGUGGAUAGAUCGAGAAAUUUCUGGCCUUCUUCACCUUCGAAAGGAGUUAUUAGUGAAAAUCCCUACGUUGGAUAUUGGACCAAUCCUUAUGGAACUCAACUGGGAGAUGUUCAUUAUUAUGAUUAUAGUACGAUAUGUACGAACGUUGAUAAUUUUCCAAGAGCAAGAUUCAUGUCAGAAUAUGGUCAUCAAUCGUUCGCUUCAUUGGAAACAUUCAAACCAGUGACACAACCUCAAGAUUGGUUUUUCAAUUCUACACUCAUGAAUCAUCGGCAACAUCAUCCUCUAGGCACUGAACAAAUAUUGUUUCAAAUUGGAGUUCAUUUCAAAGCCAAUAUGAAUAACUUGUAUGGAAAUUUUAAGAAUUUUGUGUAUCUUUCGCAAUGUUCACAAGCACUCUGCAUGAAAGCUCAAUCAGAAUAUUAUAGAGCUAUGAGAGAUGAUACAAAUGUACAAACUCAUGGAGCUCUCUAUUGGCAACUAAAUUCAAUAUGGCAAACAGUAGAUUGGGCUUCAUUAGAAUACGGAGGUAAAUGGAAAGUGAUGCAUUAUUUUGUGAAGGAGUUUUUUGCACAGACUAUUAUUCUUUCGUAUGAACAAGGAGGUUGGUUUAAGGUAGUGGUGACAAGUGACAGUUUGAUGCAGCAAUCUCUCACAGCUACCAUCAAUUUUGUCACCUACUCGGAUGGAUACAUUAAGCAAUCUAUUAGAAUUCCCAAUAUUGUUGUUGCUCCGUUAUCAGGCACUAUGAUAUUCGUGAAAAUGACAGAACUUGUCAUAUUAGAGAGUUUCUGUUUUCUAGCCCAUAAUUGCUUUGUUCAUAUGAAUUUACAAGACUCUGUGACAAAUAGAACCAUUGCUGAGAAUGUUCAUUUCCUUUCACCACUCGCUCAAGUGGACUUACCUCAAUCCAAUGUGAAAAUUACAGGAGCUACGUUUGUAAAUAGCAAUACUGUUGAAGUUACCGUUCUUUCAGAUAACGUGGCGUUCUAUGUUUGGUUUGAUGUAUUGAAAUAUCAAGGCAGAUUUGAUAGAAAUGCCAUUACCUUGUUGAAAGGUAGAGAGGAGAAGAUUAGAUUCACAUCUAAAAGUCCAAUUCAAAAUUUGAACGAUUUCAUUUCUGAUAUUUCCAUUAUUCAUAUCAGAAAUACAUAUUAG